GAUCAUACAAACAAGGACUUAAAAAAGAAUUUUGAAUUCUUUGCCAGUUUUGACCUAAGGGGUGCACAUGGUUUAUCCCACGAUCCCAUGCCCCCUAAUAAUGGAAGAGAUGGGCAUGGAACUAGAUGUGCUGGAGAGGUGGCCAUGGAGGCAAAUAAUUCGUAUUGUGGAGUGGGUGUUGCAUAUCAUUCUAAAAUUGGAGGUAUUCGUCUACUGGAUGGUCCAGUGACAGAUUCAAUGGAAGCCUCUUCACUGACCUACAACAAUGAUUUUAUUGACAUAUAUACUUGCUGUUGGGGACCAAAGGACAAUGGAAUGAAACUAGCAGGACCUGGAAAACUUACCACUAAAGCACUGAGAAUGGGAACUGAAAAGGGUCGGAAUGGAAAAGGAAGCAUCUUUGUAUGGGCAUCUGGCAAUGGAGGCCUAGCAAAUGAUCACUGUGGGGCAGACGGAUAUGUCAAUAGUAUUUACACCAUUGCUAUUAGUGCAAUAACACACUACGGACUGUCUGCCUUCUUCGGCGAGCCAUGUCCAGCAGUUAUGGCUGUCACAUUAACAGGCGCAUCACAUAGACCUUCAUACGAAGGUCUCCCCUUGGUGACUACUUCUGGGGAUGAGGGCUGUGUCACACACUUCACAGGAACAUCCAGCGCUGCUCCCCUCGCUUCGGGGAUCCUGGCACUUGUUUUGGAAGCCAACCCAGAGUUAACCUGGAGAGAUGUUCAGCAUCUUAUUGCCAGGACAGCAAAGAUUCCUAACCCAAUGGAACCUGGAUGGAGAAUCAAUGGAGGGGGAUAUCAUAUUCAUGACAGAUAUGGAUUUGGCCUCCUAGAUGCUGGUCUAAUGGUUCAGCAAGCCACAGACUGGAAAACCGUAGGACUUCAGAAUGUUUGUAUUGAAAAACUCAUUCUUGAACCACCACGUAUUAUCUCACCUGGGGGAAGUGUGGAGGUGCCUGUGCCGACAGACGCCUGUAGAGGCACCGAAAAUGCAAUUAAUGUUUUGGAACACGUCCAGCCUGUUGUUAGCAUUACCAGCGUCUGCAGAGGUGACCUCAGCAUUGACCUGAUCUCUCCCUUUGGAACAAAGUCACGGCUUCUGGGGACAAGGCACAAUGACAUUUCGGGAACUGGCCUGAAAAACUGGACCCUGAUGUCUGUUCACUCCUGGGGGGAAGACCCUCAAGGCACCUGGAAGUUGAAGGUAACAGACAAUAUAAAUACUGCAUUUUUGUGCAGUCGAAGUGAUUCUGAAGAUUCUGCUGGAGCCAUUCUGAUGAUUAAAAUGGUAUUUUAUGGAACAUUCAAUCCCAGUAAGAAAAUAAAAGAUGAAAAACUACAAACUCUGGUUUCCAUGGGCGUCUCUUUUAAACUCAAAGUUGGUAGAAAAGAAUUACAAAGUCAGACUACUCAACAAGAUCUCAUCCAAGAGGAAUUUGAAGCUGAGAACAGGAAUAAGGUCAAUGUGAAUGACAUACCUGUAAUGCCUAAACAAAAGAUAUUAAAAUCUCAGAAUUUUUCCAGCAUGGCUAAAUCAUUUGAUCCUGUUGAAUUUGACGAUACAGAUGGAUCCAAUUUUGGACCUCACUUAAAACUCUUGUGGAAUACAUUGAGAGAUAAAGUUGAAAUCUUGUGGUCUCAAUAUAAGUCACAGAACAGCAGGCUUUCUGUACAGCAAAUUGGCAAUGCAUUGGAGAGAUACUUGAGAAAAGAGCCUCUUCUUCCUGCUGUGGUAGGCAGCGCCAAAAUCUUCUUUGACGUAAAGAGAAAUCUGGGAACUGAAACGCAGCGUGAACCUGUUAGCAGACAAGAGCUGAUCGCUGUUAUCACCAGCAGCCUGAAGAAGAUGCACAUGAUCAGUGAAAUCAGCAAAGCUUACAGCAAUCUGGUGCAAAAUGAGAAAGAAAGUGAACUGAAGCAGAGAGGAAAUGUUUAGCUUUGCUUUACUGAGCACAGCUUUUUGGGACCAAUUACCGACUAGCUGUAUGCACUUACUCUGUAAAGGGCAGCAAGGUACUUAACACAAAAGUGGUUGUUUAAUACAAUAAUUUUGUUUUAUUACUUAAACUAUAAAUGAUUUGUACUUCUUAGAAUUUAUGUGCACAUUAUAAGUAUUUAGGAAUGAGUUUAUUUCUCUGAAGAG